AUGAAAAAAAUGAAAUUCAAGGUGAUACUAAUGUUGGGCCUAUUGGGCCUUAUAUUAGUGUUGCUCUUUUUGCUGGAUUUGGCCAUUCGGUUCGUUACAGCAUGGUUGUUCGGAACCGGUAUCAUCUCUUGGAUUUUCUCGUUUGGCCCGGAAUUCAUGUCCAAUAUCGUGUUCGCAACAGUUCAAGCAGUGCUGCUCAAUUGGACACUUACCAGCCUCUUGUGUUUAAUAACACACGUCAAGGUGCAACGCAUGACACUGUCAGAAAACCCAGACUCCUCCACCUUGAAACUAGAGCUUUUGUUUGUUGCAAUCAGCUAUAAUCAUCGAGGCAUCGAUACCAAAAUCAGAUCGAUACAAAUUUCGUUAGACAUCGAUCCAAACGUAUCGCCAUGGAUCUCCAUCACCAUCAUCGAUCCGUGUGUUACCAAGUGUAUCACCAGAGAAACGUUUUACCGAAACGUAAAUUCUGUACCCACGCAUGAACCUCAAACUGCCGUACCGAAAUUGUUAGAAUGGUUGUUAAACAUCAAACAUGGUGGAUUGCUGCAAAUUCUCUUACGGCAUGUAAAGUUCUGCGUUACAAAUGGCACAUUGGAAGUGAGGGAUUGGACAAGCAAGUUUCAACUCUCAGUUCGCUUGCACUGCAAAGAAUUUGGGCUUCGCGAACACAGUUCCAUUCACGAGGAUGCAAUGUACACUGACGCAUACAAGCAACUGUACGUGAGAAAAUUUACUGCAAAGAUUUUCGUUCAACCGAAUGCAAGUGCAACAUUCCACUGCAGUUUCUUCUCGCUUCACGUUGCGUAUGUUGAUCGUGUACGCGGUCAACCCUACAACAGUAAAGCGAUGAACAUUCUGCUCGGUCGGCAGUAUUGGAAAUUUGACGUGUGGAUAUCGCUGGUUUGCUUUUAUCUAGGCACUGGUGAGCUGGACGAAAACGUACGCGAACGUGGCGAAAUAUUUUUCGCACGACAGAUUGAUAUUACGCUGGCCAACAUGCGAAGCAAAACACAGGAAACGGGAAAGCUGAAGAUGAAAGUGGAGCUGCCGAUAUGUAUGGAGUAUCGUCCUGAGCUGGCCCAUUUCAUUAUAAAUAUGUUUCGCUGCAUCGCUCAUUUCCGACCAGUUGUUGCAGACAAUCGUGGCCAACAAGCAAUGGUACCCGUUCCGACCAGUCAGCAAACUUUUCCGGCCGCGCUAGACAUGGUGAUCGACGUCACUUUGGGGAAGGUAUCGUGUCUGCUAUGGAACGAGCAUAAUACCUGUCUGUUGGUCAAUUGGAAGAAGCUUACGAUGCAGAAAUUGGACGGCGAUACGGUAAUCCGACUACAUACCCUUGCCAUGCAGAUGGGUGAUUACAGCGAAUUUACCAACGCAGAGUGCGGCAACGAGAAGCUUACGGUGGACGAAAUCAUAAUCAAGCACGGGGAUGAUAAUGCAUACUAUCAGGAUUUGUUCAUUGAUUUGAAGAACCCAAUAACCACCUGGAAUAAGGAUGUGCACAACCACGUUAAGCAACUGAUCGAGGAAAUGAAGACACUAACAGCGAAGCUAACCCGAUUGAUGCCGCCACCAUCUCGGCCAGGGAAACGUGUGACGAUUUGCGUAUCACUUUUCGGCACUGUACGUUUUUUACUUCCCUUAACUACUGCAGGACCUACCGUGAAGAUAGAGACCCGAAAAAUAAAAGUUUCCAACGCUGGCAAGGACUACCUCUGUGUAUGGGAUGCUGUUAUAUACGUUGGUAUAGCACGGUUAAUCAUACACGAAUAUCUCUGUUUUGAGUCGGAGGACAGGGAAACCAGGGGUGGCUGGAUAAUGACUACCCACAACAAACACCCAUUUGAAAUCAAUAAAACCACAUUGUACAAGGUAGUAUUUAACGGCUUUGUGCCAAUAUAUAAAUGGCUACAGGAGUGGUGGUAA